ACCCUCGCUUAUGUUAGCCCCUCUACCCUUUACGCCCAAAACCACCGCCUUCGUGAACGAACCUUUCGAUACUGUCGCCAUUAGACGGGAUCGCGGCAUACAGAGACCACCGAAACUCCAAUCUUUCUCAUCCUUCCGCUCCUAUCUUAUCAGAAACCAUUGAGAAGUUUGGUAGGGGAAAAGUGCAUUGGCAUCAAGGGAGAGCUGAAGAAUAAUGAAUGGGCCAUUGAAGUUAAGUAUCUCUCAGGUUAUGCCAAUGAAAGUGGAAGAGAAAAAAGAAAUGGCUGCUGAGAAACAAGAUAAAAAUAUGGUAAAGCCAAGGAAGCGAAAGGAGGUCUUCAUUUAUGGGAAUUACAGAAACUACUAUGGCUAUAGACUUCACCAUACUAUGGAGGACGAUCCUCGACUUAAAGUUUUCAAAAGAGAAUGGUUUGAUAAUAAGGAUUGCCUUGACAUUGGAUGCAACCAAGGCUUGGUGACUAUUACUAUUGCAAAAAUGUUCUCUUGUCGAAGCAUGGUUGGAAUAGAUAUAGAUAAAGGACUUAUUGAAGAUGCUCGAUGUAACCUACGAAAUACAGUUAGAAAACAAAAAUCUCAUGGUACUUUGGCAAAGUGUUCAUAUGCUGAAGGCUUAAAUUGUGGAGAUUUAUCAGAGCAGAAGUUUCCUCUAGUAUUGAAUGAGGAAACUUUGUACCCGCAAUGUUGUCCUUCAUUUCCUAGAGAGCAGGAUCUUCUUCAAAGAGUUUCAUUCCAUUGUGAGAACUUCGUUGAAAAUAUACAUAGAUCUUCUGAAAAGUUUCACACAAUUCUUUGUCUUAGUGUAACAAAGUGGAUCCAUUUAAAUUGGGGAGAUGAUGGACUGCUGACAUUAUUUUCUAAGAUUUGGAGGCUUCUUAAACCCGGGGGAGUUCUUUUGCUGGAGCCUCAGCCAUGGACGUCAUAUAAAAGAUACCGACUACUGUCUGAGAGUACAAGGACUAACUAUAAUAAUAUUCAUCUACAUCCAGAUCAAUUUCGAGAUAUCCUUCUAGAUAAGGUUGGCUUCAAGUCUGCUGAUACAAUCACGGAUAAUUUAUCUGGCACAGUUGCUGGUUUUGAUAGGCAAAUCAUUGCCUUCCAAAAGUAAUUUUUCAUUGAUGUCAUCACCACUUAAAGCAUCAUACUGUGGUUUUGCCAUCACCUUAAACUUUCAGUGUGCAGCAUGAUCAUUGAAACAUCUGAUUUUUGCUAUACUUAGCAGCAAUGAAGAGAUUUGACAGCAGGGAGUACUAGUCAGU